AUGCCGGACUCCCAAAAUUCGAAGAACUUGAAGGGCGAGUCGAAGCCUCAGCCACGACAGGUUAAUACCCUACUGCACACCCUUAGGGGCGAGCAGUUCCGUCACGAGCAGAACCUUCAGCGAUCCAAUGCCCACCUUGUUCGCCUGUCCUCGUUUCACUCACACAACAUCCCUACCCUACCUUUCUCCGAGAUCUACGACAAUGCAGAGCGCACUGUGGACGUGGAGCAGGGUGCCCAAGCCCGAGGCGUGCCCACGAUACCCCCCGUGCGGAUUAAUCCUGGAGGGAUGCUGGAGUACGCGUAUCCACGAGGCGAAGUCCCUGGUCCACCGAUCCCGAAGAGCUGGAGCGGGGUGUCCGGCAGGGACAGGGAUAGCGAGGUCGACAAGGAGGCGCGCAGAGCCGAUGCGCUCUCGCUCAUCUUCUCUCACCUGCCCCCGAGUGCGGGUUCUGGAUGGGUACACGCCGAGGAUCGGCGGGAGCCCACUGUGCCCCCACUCACCCUGCUUUGUCUGCGCGUCCUGCUGUCUGCGUGCUCCGCGGAAGAGUUCGCCGAGGACGUCGUCCCGUGCUUGCCUCCCCACCUGCGACGCGACCUUCUCCGCUGGACAGCCGUGCACUCUCCGCUGUCCAACGCGAAGCUGUACGCGCUGUGUAACACCGACGGGCAUGCCGAUGGUGAACUCAUCGUCGUCGGACCCCAGGCGUCGCUACCCCGUGAUUAUCUGAGAGCAGAGCCUGACAGACUAGGAUCCAGCAGACAAGAUGUGGAUGCGGCAGUGCACGAGGGCGAGGAUGAGGAUGAAGACUGGUCCUGGGACUCACCGGCAUCUCACGCAGACACACCGUCUCCCCUCACUGCGCUCAUCCUGCUCAACACUCCUCUCUCAGUCAGCACCUUGUUCACCUUCCCGCCGACGCUUACGCAUCUCGCGUUGCUUGCGCUGCCGUCUCCUGCGCCUGUGCACCGCCUUCCGCGCAUAUGCCCCCUUCUGGAGGUGCUCGAUCUAUCGUUCAAUCCGUGGGUUGGCCAGUCGGACUCUGCAGCGAGAGGUGCAUGGAUUCUUGCGCGCGGGGAGAUGAUCCUGGACAGGCUGGAGUGGAAUCAGUGGGGGCGAUUGAAGGUGCUUGGCUUGCGAGACUGCGGCGUGGGCACCGAAAUCGCGAGGCGGGUGAACAUGGGGAGAUGGGUGGAUGUGGAGAUCGUCGGGGCAGCAUCACGGACUGCCAUCUCUUCGUGUCGAUCACCGUACGCUGGCCAACUGUAG